AUGUCCUCGUCGAAUUCACGUGGUCGAGGACGUGGAAAAAGGACCAGUCGACCUGAUACAGGUCCGCCCGAACCGUACCGAUCCCAGUCAAUGGCAGUUAUAUCUGAGAAAUAUCAUCCUGAAAAUAAAGAGAAUGGUACAAUGAAACAUUUACCUUCAUCAUCUGGACGAAAGCCGUCAUCUGAUCAACAACGUAAAUCAACAUCGCGUUCGUCAGCUGGUCGCCCCAGAUCAACACGUCCAUUUAGAGAAUCUAUUCGUUCAGCUGUACCUGAUACAUCUGUUAUUACCGUGGCCAAACGACCGGACAAUGGUGGGACAGCCGGACAUAAAUUACAAAUGUAUACGAAUCAUUUCAAAUGCAAUAUACCUCGAACAUUGAAGUGCCAUCAAUAUGAUAUUGAAUUAGAAGCUGCCAAUCGAGAUGGAACAUGGCGUCCUGCGAAGAAAGACGAUCGAUUCUUUGUUUUAAAGAAAAUCAUUGACCGAGAAAAUUUUCCAUUCGUUUGGUAUGAUGAAGGAAAAAGUCUUUAUUCAAUUGAAUUACUUGUCGGAUUUAAAAAUCAGUAUGAAAUCGUUAUUAAAGAUAAGAAAAGUGAUCGAGAACAAAAGUAUCGUUUAUUAUUAAUCAAUCUUGUUAAAUCUUACGAUAUUCAAGUUCUUUGGGAUUUUGUCGAAAAUAAAAUAGCUAUUCGACCUAGAGAUCCAAUUAGAAUACUUGAAACAUUACUUAAGCAGACUACUCGUGCAACAAUGGUGUGCGUGAAAAAUCAGUUUUACGAUCGACAUCAAAACCUCGAUAAUUUAGGUAGAAUUUUCCGUUCGUUUUUCGAUGAUCUGUACACUUCAGUCUUAGGUGAUGGUCGUGGUUUGGCCAACGGUUCAUAUCAAGCAAUGUUUCUCACUCAAAUUGGCGCAACACUGAAUAUCAAUUCAACAUUUACAUGCUUCUAUCAACCAUUGAAUCUCGUUGAUUUUCUUUGUGAAUAUCUUCAACACGAUAUUGUUCGCGAUGGUAUUGAUGAACGCGAACAACAGUUAUUAAUAAGAAAAGUUCUAAAACCAAUUUGGCUUGAAACACAUCAUACUGAAAGUGUACGAAAAUACCGUAUACGUGGUUUUGGUGCAUCCGCACGUCAACAUACAUUUCCACGAAUGACCGAUGGCACUAAUAAUGACACACCCGAACGGCAAUCAGUUUAUGAUUAUUUUCUGGAAAAAUAUAAUAUUAAGUUGAAGUAUCCGAAUCUGCCCACUGUUGAACUGUUCACACCGCCGAAUAAGACUCAGUUUCAUUAUUUACCAAUGGAGUGUUGCACGAUACAAGCCUGGCAACGAUCGAUUAAACCAUUAACGACUGAUCAACGUGCACGGGUGACGAAGAAAACUGUUGUCCGACCAAAUCAACGAUAUCAAACCAUCAAAGAAAUUGUCGAACACCGUCGAUUUAACGAAGAUAAAUAUUUGAAAGAAAUUGGAAUGAAGGUCGAAGAUGACGAGAUGUUAAUUGUCGAAGGAAGAUUGAUUGAUCCACCAGAUGUGAAAUAUAUCAGUGGACGUGAUGGACAAAGUGAAGUUGUCGAACGAAUCAAUAUCGGAAAAUGGAAUAUUCGUAAUCGAUUUCAAAAGCCACGAAGUAUAAACACAUGGGCGUGUGUUAUGAUUUCAGCUCAACGACCAACGCAAUAUCAAUUGUCCAUUGCUCAGCAGUUUGUGGAACAUUUUCCAUAUGUUAUUGAACGUUUUGGUAUUCACUUUCAACCGAAUCCGAUCAUGAAAAGUGAUCCAGCUGUUCCGCAGAAAAUUCAUGAUCGACUACAAGAAUUGAAAGAUGCGAACUGCGAAGUCGUUCUAUUCAUUCUCAAUGGCGUUGGAGAAGAUAUUUAUAAAACAGUUAAAUACUUUGGAAAUCAUAAACUUGGGAUCGUUACUCAAUGCACAGAUUUUGUUGCUAUUGCCAAGAAUAUCAAUAAACUUGAUAUGUAUUUACAAAAUCUUGUUCAAAAAUUUAACGCUAAACUCGGUGGUGUCAAUGGCCUGGUGUCAUUAGCACGAGCAUUGACAUCAUCGUCGACCAGAGAUGAUGUUUUCAUGUUUUUUGGUGCUGAUGUAACUCAUACGACAUGCUCAAGGGAUAAACCAUCGAUCGCUGCUGUGAUUGGUUCAACUGAUUCAACAAGUACACAGUAUGCGUCACGUGUAAGUGAACAGUAUCCAGCACGUGGAAAGAUUUCGUUGGAAAUCAUCAAAGAUUUAUAUCAAAUGUCAACAGAUUUAUUGAAAUUAUUUGCACAAAAAAAUGGUUGUUUUCCGAAUAAGAUUGUUUUCUAUCGCGAUGGCGUGGAUGAUGGACACUUCCAGAAAGUGCUUGAUAACGAAGUUCGAGCAUUGCAAAAUGCUUGUAAAGCUCUCUACAUGAAUAAUCCAUUACCGAAAAUUACAUUUAUAAUCGUGAAAAAACGCCAUAAUACGCGUUUUUUCAUUCGAGAACCUAGCCCAAAUCCAAACAUAAAAACAAUGAAUAAUGUACAACCUGGUACUGUUGUUGAUACAGGCAUUGUUCAUCCUCAAGAUUUUGACUUCUAUUUAAAUAGUCAUGCUGCUAUUCAAGGAACUUCACGACCGAUCUUGUAUCAUGUUUUGUACGAUGAAAUCGGUUUUUCGUCGGAUGAAAUUCAAUCAUUAACAUAUUAUCUCUGCCACUCGGAUGUACGUUGUACAAAAGCUGUGUCAGUGCCCGCCCCGGUUCAUUAUGCACAUUUAGCUGCAUAUCAAUCCCGUGAUGCUGAUAAUUACGAGAAUGAUCGACGAAGCAGCAUAGCUGGCGAUUUCGAUGAUGACGAUCUGAUUGAUAGUCUUGGUGCCAUAACAUUACAAGAAGUUGAAACACGACUCAUUCAAUUAGAUCCAUCGAUUCAAGAUACAAUGUGGUAUGUUUGA